AUGAGCUCUACUAGCGAAUCUAAGCUACCAGAAAUAAUAAAAAUUGACGAUAUAUCGUCCGGGAGGAUAGAUCCUAACCUAAUAUACCAAGAAUUAGAAAGACUAAAGGUUGAAAUAAAUAUACUACGAAACGACAUGUCUUUAUUCUUGAAGGCAUUAGCCACAAUUCCAGACAACCAAAGUCAACAAGAAUAUUAUAAGAUCAUAGUUCUGCGCUUAAGAACGGUACAAAAUAGCAUAAAAGAAUAUUGUGUGGAAUAUAAUAAACUUCUACCAAUAAUCAAUUUAUCCCAAAUUAAGCUAGGACAUGAAGUAGAAAUCUUACCACAGAAUAGAACAAAUGCAUCGAACCAGAAGACACCAGAUAUAAAACAAGAGCCAAAGAAAAGCAAUACUUCGAACAAAGCAACUGCCCUGGCAACUACUGAUACGCAAAACAAUAAAAAUGGUCUGAAUUCUAACCAACCAAUUGUACUCUAA